AUGCCUGCCCCAACCACCAACGGCGGCGCUGCCAAUGCCACAGGUGCUCCAUCCGCCGGCCUCUCUGCCAACGACAACAUCCGCCGCUUUGCUGCUCCCAGCCGGCCUCUGAGCCCGCGCGCAGAACACACACUCUUCCACGACAAGACGAGAUGUUUCGUUUACGGCCUGCAGCCUCGAGCCGUCCAGGGCAUGCUCGAUUUCGACUUCAUCUGCAAGCGCAAGACCCCUUCCGUGGCCGGCAUCAUCUACACAUUCGGCGGCCAGUUCGUGAGCAAGAUGUACUGGGGAACCAGUGAGACGCUGCUCCCCGUCUACCAGAGCGUGGACAAGGCCAUGGCCAAGCACAGCGACGUCGAUACCAUCGUCAACUUCGCCUCGUCACGAAGUGUCUACACCUCCACCAUGGAGCUCAUGGAAUACCCUCAAAUCAAGUCUAUUGCUAUUAUUGCUGAGGGUGUGCCCGAGAGACGUGCUCGUGAGAUUCUCCAUGUAGCCAAGAAGAAGGGCAUUACCAUCAUCGGCCCCGCCACCGUCGGUGGUAUCAAGCCCGGAUCCUUCAAGAUUGGUAACACUGGUGGUAUGAUGGACAACAUUGUCGCCUCCAAGCUGUACCGCAAGGGAUCCGUCGGAUAUGUCUCCAAAUCCGGAGGUAUGUCCAACGAACUCAACAACAUUAUCGCCAACACAACCGAUGGCGUCUACGAAGGUGUCGCCAUUGGAGGUGACAGAUACCCCGGAACAACCUUCAUUGACCAUCUUCUUCGGUACCAGGCCGACCCAGAGUGCAAGAUUUUGCUCCUCCUAGGAGAGGUUGGAGGUGUUGAGGAAUAUCGUGUCAUCGAGGCUGUCAAGAAUGGCACAAUCACCAAGCCAAUUGUUGCAUGGGCUAUCGGAACCUGCGCAAGCAUGUUCAAGACCGAGGUCCAAUUCGGACAUGCUGGUUCAUUCGCCAACUCUCAGCUCGAGACCGCCGCCGUCAAGAACAAGUCCAUGAAGGAUGCAGGAAUCUUCGUCCCAGAUACCUUCGAGGAGAUGUCCACACUUCUUGCUGGCGUGUACCAAAAACUUGUCAAGCAGGGUACCAUCGUACCACAGCCAGAGCCAAUCGUACCAAAGAUUCCCCUGGACUACUCUUGGGCUCAAGAACUCGGACUUAUCCGAAAGCCUGCUGCCUUCAUCUCUACCAUCUCCGAUGACCGUGGACAAGAGCUGCUUUACGCCGGCAUGCCAAUUUCUGAUGUCUUCAAGGAGGAUAUCGGCAUUGGAGGUGUGAUGUCGCUGCUGUGGUUUCGCCGUCGUCUACCAGAAUACGCCAGCAAGUUCUUGGAGAUGGUCCUCAUGUUGACUGCCGAUCACGGCCCAGCCGUAUCUGGUGCCAUGAACACCAUCAUCACCACAAGAGCAGGAAAGGAUUUGAUCAGCGCACUUGUCUCUGGUCUCUUGACCAUCGGAUCAAGAUUCGGUGGUGCUCUUGAUGGAGCCGCUGAGGAAUUCACAAAGGCUUUCGACAAGGGUCUCAGCCCACGUGACUUCGUCGAUACCAUGCGCAAGCAGAACAAGCUCAUCCCCGGUAUUGGCCACAAGGUCAAGUCCCGGAACAACCCGGAUCUCCGUGUCGAGCUGGUCAAGGAGUUCGUCAAGAAGCGUUUCCCUAGCUGCAAGAUGCUGGACUAUGCUCUUGCCGUCGAAUCCGUGACCACCUCGAAGAAGGAUAACUUGAUCCUGAACGUCGACGGUGCCGUGGCGGUCUGCUUCGUUGAUCUGAUGCGCAACUGUGGUGCGUUCAGCGCGGAGGAGGCAGAGGACUACCUGCAAAUGGGUGUCUUGAACGGUCUCUUCGUCUUGGGUCGCAGCAUUGGUUUGAUUGCCCAUUACCUCGAUCAAAAGAGGCUGCGCACCGGUCUGUACAGACAUCCUUGGGAUGACAUUACCUAUCUGCUCCCAAGCUUGCAAAGCGGUGCCCCCGGUAGCGAGGGCCGUGUUGAGGUUCAGAUGUAG